AUAUCCAACCUCACCUUCUUCUCUCCAUUCUUUCGAUUCCGUCCUGAACUCUCCACAAGCUCAGAAUUAAUACUGAAUCAUGCCCCAUAAAGUAUUCACACGAGAGGAGGUCGCAAAAAACAAUACCGGAGAUUCUCUCGUAAGCUACUCCCUUGGGUUACUAUCAAGACGUCGACAGCUCCUUGAAGCCCCCCUGGUCCCCUUUGAAUAUUGAAAAGAGUCAAUGUGGUUAUGCUAAUCCUGGGCAACUCAGUGGUUUGUGAUUGACAGUAAAGUCUACGAUGUUACCGACUUCAUCGACGCCCAUCCGGGAGGAGAAUUCGUGUUGAAGCAAGUUGCUGGAACCGACGCAACAGAAGCAUUUUACAACCUUCAUAGACAAGAGGUCUUACAGAAGUACUCGAGUCUAUGCAUUGGCACAAUCGAAGGCGAGAAAUCCAAAGUUAUUCAGCAUAAUGCCGGUGAUUUAAGUCAAGUCCCCUACGGCGAACCGACAUGGCUCACUCCACAAUUCAAAAGUCCAUAUUAUAAAGAGAGUCAUAGAAAGUUGCAAAAGGCUAUGAGGAAAUUUGUUGACGAGGAGGUAUACCCUGUUGCGCAGGAAUGCGAAAAGGAGGGUACCACGAUACCGCAGGAUUUGAUCGACAAGAUGUCCGAAAGAGGUAUAAUGCAUAUGCGAUUGGGUCCAGGAAAGCAUUUGCAUGGAGUUGAAUUGAUGGGUGGUGUGCUCAAAGGCGAAGAGUUUGAUUACUUUCAUGACUUGGUUGUUGGUCAAGAAAUGCUUAGAGCAAACGCUCGAGGAUUUCAGGAUGGUAAUCUGGCAGGGUAUGUUUUGUUCUAAUGGGCACUUGGAAACUAACACUAACAAACCUUCAGAAUGAUGAUUUCUCUGACUGCUGUUCUUCAAUGGGCAAACGACGAGGAGUGGAAGAAUAAAAUUGCAAGUGAAGUUUUUUCUGGAAAGAAGAAGAUGUGCCUGGCCAUCACGGAGGCUUUUGCUGGCUCUGACGUUGCUGGAAUCCGGACUACCGCUGAGAAGACCGCGGAUGGGAAACAUUACAUCGUCAACGGAACCAAGAAAUGGAUCACCAAUGGUGUGUUUUGCGAUUAUUUUGUUACAGGUGCACGCACAGACAAGGGACUCUCGGUAGUUUUGAUCGAGAGACAAGAAGGUGUCGAGACGAGCGCUAUCAAAACUUCAUACUCUCCUACUGCUGGCACGUCAUUCGUCACAUUUGACAAGUAUGAACUUCCAAAACAGACGGUUUUAACAACAAUGACUAACGUAAAACAGUGUCAAAGUACCUGUGGAGAACUUACUUGGGAAGGAGAACAAGGGAAUGCAAGUCAUUCUCUCUAAUUUCAACCACGAAAGAUGGAUGAUGACUGUAGGAGUCGUCCGAAUGAGUCGUCUCGUCACGGAGGAAUGUCUUAAAUGGAGUAACCAAAGAAUUGUCUUUGGUAAAAGACUCAUUGAGCAACCAACGAUUCGACAAAAGUGGGUUCAUCUAAACUUAUCCAUCUCAUUUCCAUUCACUAACCAUACUCAAGACUCGCCAAAAUGAUUGCACACUGUGAAGCAAACCAGGCAUGGCUAGAGAAUGUCACAUAUCAAAUGACACUAAUGCCCUACUCUCAACAAGCCACACACCUCGCGGGUCCCAUCGGCCUCCUCAAGAUGUUCGCUACUCGUUCUGCGCACGAGAUUGCCGACGAGUCUGUCCAAAUCUUUGGUGGCAGAGCAUUGACGAGAACUGGAAUGGGCUCCACGAUCGAGAUGUUUCAUCGAACUUACAAGUUUGAUGCUAUUCUUGGUGGCGCUGAAGAGAUCUUGGGAGACUUGGGUGUGCGACAGGCGAUGAAGAAUAUGCCCAAGAGCAUGUUGUAAUCUAGAAAUGGUAGAUUUGGUUUUAGACGAGGUC